AUGUUCACAAUUGCAUCAGAGAGAAAUGCAAGACCAAGGAAAGCACAGAGCAAACUAGGCAGCGAACCAGAAUCAAGAUUUCGUUACAAAACAACUUGGCGGAGAAGGCGGCGGCGUGGUGGUGCUGCUUAUGGAGAUACUUCACAGCAACAAUCCUCCCGUCGAACAGCUGCCCCAAGUAAACCGACCCAAACCCACCGUCCCCAAUCUUCCUCUUCGCGAAUCCUCCUCCGCAACAAGCGCCUUCAAGUGCCUAGACCUGAAAACCGCCGCCACAAUCAAAACCACGAGAAGCAAACACAUCACCGUGAAAAUCGAGCAGAGGAUCGCAAUCCGAUUCGUAUCCUCGUCGCGAAUCCAUGGCGAAAUCCGGGCGGCGGGGCGGAGCGAAAUCCCUGCUGUGAUGGGUGA